UUUCCUGCCUCCUUUAUCCUCAAGUACCCAGAAUAAUGUGGUACAAGUACUGUUCACCAAGCUGAAGGGAAUUCAAGAAAGUUCUCUAGGUUUGGGCAUUUUGAAGGAAUUAAAGGUCACUCUGAUUUAAACACUUGGUGUUCGAAAUAAACAUUCAUGGUUGCCGUGUACCUCUAAUGAGGAAAUAUUUUUUAUGCCUCUGCCUAGGCACAACUAUAGAGAAGGGGAAAACAGGUAACUCAACAGAAGCAUUUGUUGCUACCCUCAGAAGUAGGAAUUUAUCCUUUAGUAUUCAGAAAUAGCCUUCAUUGAGGUUAAUUCAUUUUUAAAACUUCAACAAGGAUAUGAAUUUUGGUGGUGGUUUAUUCAUUGUUUGGGUUUAGUAUUUUUCUGAGUUUUCAUAUAUCCUCAAAUACCUUUCACUCUCAAGGAGAGUAAUAACUUGGCUACCCAUAGUAUGUAUGUACAUGGUAUUCCACUGCCUCCUAGAUUCAGUGUUAAGAAGACAGAUACUGGGCUGAUUCUCCUUCCUUUAUAGUUAACUGGUGAUUUACCUGCAGGUUGUAAGGAGAUGGAAGGAGGGGAGGAGUAGGGAGCUGUGAUCAAGUUGCUUUGUUCAGAUUAAGUAUAUUCCAAUACUUCCUGUCUCAGGAUUCCAUUCUUGGAGCUCUAGAAAUUUUUUAAUGUGUUCUUGAGGUUCAAAAGCUUCAUUGGCUUCUUUUACAUCAAAUAUGAAGAAACUGGCCAUUGGUUUUUGUGUCAGAACUUUAUUAAAAUUACUUGUGUUUUACUAUUACCAUUAAUAUGUUUGUCUUUUUUUUUUAAUAGGUGAAGCUUUAUUCUAAGGAUAUUUGUUUGAUCUGGUUCAUGACCUCAAAUUAUAAAGACUCUAAAUGUUACAGGAGUGUUGAGAGAUUGCUCGGUCAUGAGCAUCGACAGUAACUCAUUGGCACGUGAAUUUCUGACGGAUGUCAACCGGCUUUGCAAUGCGGUGGUCCAGAGGGUGGAGGCCAGGGAGGAAGAAGAGGAGGAGACACACAUGGCUACCCUUGGCCAAUACCUUGUCCACGGCCGAGGAUUUCUGUUACUUACCAAGCUAAAUUCUGUCAUUGAUCAGGCAUUGACAUGUAGAGAAGAACUCCUUACUCUACUUCUGUCACUCCUUCCACUGGUAUGGAAGAUACCUGUUCAAGAAGAAAAGGCAGCAGCAUGCCAAAGAGUGUUGGUGGAUCUUUUGGUAUCUUUGAUGAGCUCAAGAACAUGUUCAGAAGAGCUAACCCUUCUUUUGAGAAUAUUUCUGGAGAAAUCUCCUUGUACAGAAUUUCUUCUUCUGGGUAUUCUCAAAAUUAUUGAAAGCGACAUUAUGAUGAGCCCUUCCCAGUACCUAACCUUCCCUCUCCUGCAUACUCCAAAUUUAAGCAAUGGCGUUUCAUCACAAAAGGGUCCUGGGAUUCUAAACAGUAAGGCCCUGGGAUUAUUAAGAAGAGCACGGAGUUCCCGGAGCAGGAAAGAGGCCGAGAGUGGAAGUUGCCCCCAGCAUCUGCUCUCCUCUUGGCAUGUAGCCCCAGUCCACUUGGCCUUGCUGGGCCAGAACUGCUGGCCCCACCUGUCGGAAGGCUUCAGCGUCUCACUGUGGUUUAAUGUGGAGUGCGUCCACGAAGCUGGGAGAACCACGGAGAAAGGAAAGAAGACCAAGAAAAGAAAUAAAUCCUUAAUUUUACGGGAUAGUAGUUUGGAUAGAACAGGGAACAACAGACCAGAAGGUGCAGAGUACAUAAAUCCUGGUGAAAGGCUCAUAGAAGAAGGAUGUAUCCAUAUGAUUUCAUUGGGAUCCAAAGCUCUGAUGAUCCAAGUGUGGGUUGAUCCCCACAAAGGCACUUUUAUCUUUCGAAUGUGCAUGGAUUCAAAUGAUGAUACAAAAGCUGUUUUACUGGCACAGGCUGAAUCACAGGAGAAUAUUUUCAUCCCAAGCAAAUGGCAGCAUUUAGUCCUCACCUACUUACAGCAGCCCCAAGGGAAAAAGAAUAACCAUGGGAAAAUCUCCAUAUGGAUCUCUGGGCAGAGGAAACCUGACGUUACUUUGGAUUUUGUGCUUCCAAGAAAAACAAGUCUGUCAUCUGAUAGCAAUAAGACAUUUUGCAUGAUUGGCCAUUGUUUAUCAUCCCAAGAAGAGUUUUUGCAAUUGGCUGGAAAAUGGGACCUGGGAAAUUUACUCCUCUUCAAUGGAGCUAAGAUUGAUUCACAAGAGGCCUUUUAUCUAUAUGCUUGUGGACCCAAUCAUACAUCUAUAAUGCCAUGCAAAUAUGGCAAGCCUGUGAAUGACUACUCCAAAUAUAUUAAUAAAGAAAUUUUGCAAUGUGAACAAAUCAGAGAACUUUUUAUGACCAAGAAAGAAGUGGACAUUGGUCUCUUAAUUGAAAGUCUUUCAGUUGUUUACACAACUAACUGUCCUGCUCAGUAUACCAUCUAUGAGCCAGUUAUUAGACUUAAAGGUCAGAUGAAAACCCAACUUUCCCAAAGACCCUUCAGCUCAAAAGAAGUUCAGAGCAUCUUGUUAGAAUCUCAUCAUCUAAAGAAUCUCCGGCCUACUGAAUGUAAAACUAUUCAAGGCAUUUUGCACGAGAUUGGUGGAACUGGUAUAUUUGUUUUUCUCUUUGCUAGGGUUGUGGAACUCAGUAGCUGUGAAGAAACGCAAGCAUUAGCACUGAGAGUUAUACUCUCAUUAACUAAAUAUAACCAACAGAGAAUACAUGAAUUAGAAAAUUGUAAUGGACUUUCCAUGAUUCAUCAGGUGUUGAUUAAACAAAAAUGCAUUGUUGGCUUUCAUGUUUUGAAGACCCUUCUUGAAGGUUGCUGUGGUGAAGAUAUUAUUCAUGUCAAUGAGAAUGGAGAGCUUAAGUUGGAUGUAGAGUCUAAUGCUAUAAUCCAAGAUGUUAAACUGCUAGAGGAGCUAUUGCUUGACUGGAAGAUAUGGAAUAAAGCCAAGCAAGGAGCUUGGGAAAUGCUGCUGGCAGCUCUAGAAGUCCUCAUCAGAGCGGAUCACCACCAGCAGGUCUUUAAUAUUAAGCAGUUACUGAAAGCCCAAGUGGUCCAUCACUUUCUACUAACUUGUCAGGUUUUGCAGGAACACAAAGAGGGGCAGCUUACUUCCAUGCCCCGCGAGGUUUGUAGAUCAUUUGUGAAAAUUAUAGCAGAAGUCCUUGGAUCUCCUCCAGAUUUGGAAUUAUUGACAGUUAUCUUCAAUUUCCUUUUAGCCGUUCACCCUCCUACUAAUACUUAUGUUUGUCACAACCCCACAAACUUCUACUUUUCUUUGCACAUAGAUGGCAAGAUCUUUCAGGAGAAAGUCCAGUCAAUCAUAUACCUGAGACAUUCCAGCAGUGGAGGAAAAUCUGUUCCUAGCCCUGGAUUUAUGGUAAUAAGUCCAUCUGGUUUUACUGCUUCACCGCCUGAAGGAAACAAUUCCUGCAAUAUUAUCCCACAACGGAUGACCACCAACAUGCUGCGUUCUAGAAGCCUACCAGCAUUUCCUACUGUUUCACCUCAAACGCAACCGCAAAAACUGACUGGAAGUUUGGGUUAUAGUAUUGACAAGUUACAAAAUAUUGCAGAUAAUUAUGUUGCUUCCCAAGCAGAGAAACUGAAUUCUCUGGUGAGUUCCGAGACCCUGAAAAAAGGUAAAGAGGAUGCGUUUGUCAGUAGCUUUGAGUCUGCAAAAGCUGCGUAUGAAACGGAAGCUGACCUUUCAGCCCGCGCCUCUGUCAAUGGUGUCCCAAAAGGAACACUGGGGUUUCCGGCGGUCAAAGUUGAUCAUAAAGAAUUGGCAGCAGAACCCAGAUCAGACGAUGACAGUCCUGGGGACGAGUCCUGCCCACGCCGACCUGAUUACCUAAAGGGACUGGCCUCAUUCCAGCACAGCCACAGCACUAGUGCAAGCCUCGGGCUAGCUUUUCCUUCCCAGAAUGGAUCCGCAGCCGUUGGACGUUGGCCGAGUCUUGUUGAUAGGAACACCACCGAUGAGUGGGAGAACUUUGCCUUUUCUCUGGGUUAUGAGCCAGACUCCAGCCGAACUGCAAGUACUCACAGUGUAACGGAAGACUGUUUGGUACCUAUAUGCUGUGGAUUAUACGAGCUCUUAAGUGGAGUUCUUCUCAUCCUGCCCGAUGUUAUGCUUCAGGAUGUGAUGGACAAGCUCAUUCAGGCAGAUACACUGUUAGUCCUCGUUAACCACCCAUCACCUGCUAUACAACAAGGAGUUAUUAAACUAUUAGAUGCCUAUUUUAAUAGAGCAUCUAAAGAACAAAAAGAUAAAUUCCUAAAGAACCGUGGCUUUUCCUUGCUAGCCAACCAGUUGUAUCUUCACCGGGGAACACAGGAAUUGUUAGAAUGCUUCAUUGAAAUGUUCUUUGGUCGACGUAUUGGCCUUGAUGAAGAAUUUGACCUGGAAGAUGUGAAAAACAUGGGAAUUUUUCAGAAAUGGUCUGUCAUUCCUAUUCUGGGACUAAUAGAGACAUCUCUAUAUGACAACAUGCUUUUGCAUAGUGCUCUCUUACUUCUUCUCCAGAUAUUAAAUUCUUGUUCCAAGGUAGCAGAUAUGUUGCUGGAUAAUGGUCUACUGUAUGUGUUAUGUAAUACAGUAGCAGCCCUGAAUGGAUUAGAAAAAAAGUACAUUAGACAUGGAGCCAAGUUAGUUUUGUAUUUGUCAGAGCUGAUACAUAAUCACCAAGACGAAUUGACUGAGGAAGAACUAGACACAGCGGAACUGCUCAUGAGUGCUUUAAAACUAUGUGGGCAGAAGUGCGUCCCUCCCAGUGCAACAACAAAAGCAGACCUUAUUAAAAUGAUCAAAGAGGAACAAAAGAAAUAUGAAACUGAAGAAGGUACGAAUAAAGCCACCUGGCAGAAAACGGUUAAUAAUAAUCAACAAAGUCUCUUUCAGCGUCUGGACUCAAAAUCAAAGGAUAUAUCUAAAAUCGCUGCAGACAUCACCCAGGCAGUGUCUCUCUCCCAAGGAAUUGAGAGAAAAAAGGUGAUCCAACAUAUCAGAGGAAUGUAUAAAGUAGAUCUGAGUGCCAGUAGACACUGGCAGGAACUUAUUCAACAGUUGACGCAUGAUAGAGCAGCCUGGUAUGACCCCCUCUACUAUCCAACUUCAUGGCAGUUGGAUCCAACAGAAGGGCCAAAUCGAGAGAGGAGACGUUUACAGAGAUGUUACUUAACUAUUCCAAAUAAGUAUCUCCUUUGGGAUAGACAGAAAUCAGAAGAUGUGGUCAAACCACCACUCUCUUUCCUAUUUGAAGAUAAAACCCAUUCUUCUUUCUCUUCGACUGUAAAAGACAAAGCUGCAAGUGAGUCUAUAAGAGUGAAUCGAAGAUGUAUCAGCGUUGCACCAUCUAGAGAGACAGCUGGUGAAUUGUUAUUAGGUAAAUGUGGAAUGUAUUUUGUGGAAGAUAAUGCUUCUGAUACAGUUGAAAGUUCGAGCCUUCAGGGAGAAUUGGAACCAGCAUCCUUCUCCUGGACAUAUGAAGAAAUUAAAGAAGUCCACAAGCGUUGGUGGCAGUUGAGAGACAAUGCUGUAGAAAUCUUUUUAACAAAUGGUAGAACACUCCUGUUAGCAUUUGAUAACACCAAGGUUCGUGAUGAUGUGUACCACAGUAUACUAACAAAUAACCUCCCUAAUCUCCUGGAAUAUGGCAACAUCAAUGCUCUGACAAAUUUAUGGUAUACUGGACAAAUUACUAACUUUGAAUAUUUGACUCACCUAAACAAACAUGCCGGCCGAUCCUUCAAUGAUCUCAUGCAGUAUCCAGUGUUCCCGUUCAUACUUGCUGACUAUGUUAGUGAGACCCUUGACCUCAGUGAUCCAUCAGUCUACAGGAAUCUCUCUAAGCCUAUAGCUGUGCAGUAUAAAGAAAAAGAAGAUCGUUAUGUGGACACCUACAAGUACCUGGAGGAGGAGUACCGCAAAGGAGCUAGGGAAGAUGACCCCAUGCCUCCCGUGCAGCCCUACCACUAUGGCUCCCACUAUUCUAACAGUGGAACUGUGCUUCACUUCCUGGUCAGGAUGCCUCCUUUCACAAAAAUGUUUUUAGCCUAUCAAGAUCAAAGUUUUGACAUUCCAGACAGAACUUUUCAUUCUACAAAUACAACUUGGCGCCUCUCAUCUUUUGAAUCCAUGACUGAUGUCAAAGAACUUAUCCCAGAGUUUUUUUAUCUUCCAGAGUUCUUAGUCAACCGUGAAGGUUUUGAUUUUGGUGUGCGUCAGAAUGGUGAACGGGUUAAUCACGUCAACCUCCCUCCUUGGGCACGUAACGAUCCUCGUCUUUUUAUCCUCAUUCAUCGACAGGCUCUAGAGUCUGACUACGUGUCCCAGAACAUCUGUCAGUGGAUUGACUUGGUAUUCGGGUAUAAGCAAAAAGGGAAGGCUUCUGUUCAAGCCAUCAACGUUUUUCAUCCUGCUACAUAUUUUGGCAUGGAUGUGUCCGCAGUCGAAGAUCCAGUUCAGAGGCGAGCGCUGGAAACCAUGAUAAAAACCUAUGGCCAGACUCCUCGUCAGUUGUUCCAGUCGGCCCACGCCAGCAGACCCGGGUCCAAACUCAACCUUGAAGGAGAGCUUCCUGCCGCUGUGGGGUUGCUAGUGCAGUUUGCUUUCAGGGAAAACCGAGAACAGGUCAAAGAAAUUACCUAUCCGAGUCCUUUGUCAUGGAUAAAAGGCUUGAAGUGGGGGGAGUAUGUAGGUUCUCCAAGUGCUCCAGUACCUGUGGUCUGUUUCAGCCAGCCCCACGGAGAAAGAUUUGGUUCUCUCCAGGCUCUGCCCACCAGAGCCAUCUGUGGUUUGUCCCAAAAUUUCUGUCUUCUGAUGACAUACAGCAAAGAACAAGGUGUGAGAAGCAUGAACAGUACUGACAUUCAGUGGUCAGCCAUCCUGAGCUGGGGAUACGCUGAUAACAUUUUAAGGUUGAAGAGUAAACAAAGCGAGCCUCCAAUAAACUUUAUACAAAGUUCACAACAAUAUCAGGUCACGACUUGUGCCUGGGUGCCUGACAGUUGCCACCUGUUCGCUGGGAGCAAGUGUGGGGUCAUCACGGCCUACGCCAACAGAUUUACCAGCAGCACGCCCUCAGAGAUAGAAAUGGAGUCUCAGAUACAUCUGUACGGGCACACAGAAGAGAUAACCAGCUUAUUUGUUUGCAAACCCUACAGUAUAAUGAUAAGUGUGAGCAGAGAUGGAACCUGCAUCAUAUGGGAUUUAAACAGGCUGUGCUAUGUACAGAGCCUGGCGGGACACAAAAGCCCAGUCACAGCCGUCUCUGCUAGCGAAACCACUGGUGACAUCGCCACUGUGUGUGAUUCGGCUGGUGGAGGCAGCGACCUCAGACUCUGGACAGUGAACGGGGACCUCGUUGGACAUGUCCACUGCAGGGAGAUCAUCUGUUCUGUUGCCUUCUCUAACCAGCCUGAGGGAGUAUCUAUCAAUGUGAUUGCCGGGGGAUUAGAGAAUGGAAUUGUAAGGUUGUGGAGUACAUGGGACCUAAAGCCUGUGCGGGAAAUCACAUUUCCUAAAUCAAAUAAGCCAAUUGUAAGCCUUACAUUUUCCUGUGACGGCCACCAUCUGUACACAGCGAAUAGUGACGGGACCGUGAUUGCCUGGUGUCGGAAGGACCAGCAGCGCUUGAAACAGCCAAUGUUCUAUUCCUUCCUUAGCAGCUAUGCAGCUGGAUGAAUGAGAGAGAACCUCGCUUCUCCAAAGCACUUUAGCUCCAAACUAGAUUUGUUGACCUCACCAGUUUUAGGAGGUUGAACUUGAAGAAAUGGAUGACCAAACAAAUCAUCCAAAUAAUGACCAACUCUCUUCAUCUGCAGAACAUUCUGCAGCCUCACAAGGUCCUGAGAGAACAGUUUUGUUCUAAUUUAGUGAUAAUCUAGAGGGUUGUGUAUGUUCUAACCAACAAGAUAUAAGUCUUACAUGAUAAAUUAAAAUCGUAUUCUUUAAGUGUUUACCCACAGGGGUCUUCAAAAGAAAGGAUUAGGGUCUCUCCUUUUUUCUAUUAUGCCAAAAGGACCAGUAGAAUUUAAAUUGGUUAGCUAAUUGUUUAUAUAAAAUUCUCUAAAAAUUAUAUUUAAAAAGUUUUAUGCCAAGAUAAUCCACCCUCCCCACACAAACACACACACAAAGUAAAGAAGAGGAUCAGAAGUUAGAACUUGCAAAGUGCUUUCUCUGAGAAGUAGAUUAUUCAGUAGGUGCCUCUGCACCAUUUUAUGGAAUAUCUGAAUACUAAAAACAAACUACUAAUGAAUCUCGAUGGUAGGCAGUUUUUUCCCAGUUGCCUUCUUAGCUCAAAGAGGAACCAGAAUUUUUUGACAGCCACAAACACACAUUGGAUUUCAGAUACAUUCUGUUUUUUCGUAAAAAUCCUGUUUAAAAUCCAUAACACUAGAUAUUGAAUAUCCUUACUUAGUUGAGUCACUAAGAUUUAAACACAAUGAUAAUUUAAUAUCUACCAUUUACAGAGCACUGAAUACUUAACAAUUUGCAAUAGAAAGCCUCCACUCUGCAGAAAGAGGGCACAGGUAUUAAAAGAGUCCGUUCUAGAUAAGAGAUUUAAUCUAAGGUGCAGGGUGUGUUUUCUUGCGCAAAACAGAAUUACAAAAGAAAUGAGACAGCUUACUUCGUUUCCAACAAGAUGCAGAGUAAUUCUUAUAGGAAACUGUGUGCACUCUGUUUCUGCUAAUCUGUACUACCUGAGAACUCUAGGAACAACAGAAAAAUCUAAGUAUACGCCACAGAAAACUUGCACACCAUAAAGACAGCAUUCCUAAAAAUCUCUACCAUAGUCUGUCUCUACCAUUAUGGCUCUAUUUUGACUUGGGGUGCUGCUUUUUUGGCUUUGACAACACUGUAAAAUAGUAAGAUGUUACCACGGGAUAAACAUAUGUAUUCCUGCAUAAGAAAAACUUGCGUGUUUGUUAUGGAAAUUCAAUUCAUACGGUGUUUACAGAACUACUUUUGUAACUUCCAGACUUUCUAAAACAUUCUGCUUAAAAACCAUAUAAAACACAAUUCCAACGUCUCUGCUGUGGAGAUGCGGGAAAGAGGAAGCAAGCGGCCCCGUGUGCUUGUCACUGGGACAGCAUAUGUCCAUAAGAACGCUUCACAGGCCGCACUUAGAUCAUCAUUUGCACAGACCAGCUUGGAACUCUGAGGUCCAGAUAGGUGCAGAGAUGAGAUGAUUCCUAUUCACGUUGAAGUGAUUUGCUUUGUUUAAGAAAAAAAAAAAUUGCAGCUAUUGUCUGGCUUUCGUUUUUUCUACCAAGAACAUGGAAUUAUUCCCCUAUUAGAAUAGGGUUGCUACUCAGUCUUCUUUGUCUUUUUAAGGCUGAAUGCCAUCAUUUAUUUAAAGAGAAAAUAUGCAAAAUAACUGGUCUUGUUAAGAGUGCAAUAUUAUAUUUUUAUGUAAAAAUAAAAAUUAAUUUGGGGGAUUAUUUAUUCAGCAUGAAACUUAAUAUGUAUAUGUUUGAAACACUUCAUAAUGUGCAUGUUGUAGUAAACGUUUCUGUAAAAUAUCACAAGCUCUGUUAUCUUUGUAUACACUGCCACUUCAAAUUGGGAAUAAAUUUCAUAAAAAUA